GGGCAUGAAAUAGAAGUAAAUAGCAAUUGAUGUGAGAUUGGGCGUCAAGUAUUGAUGGAAAUUUGAAGUUAGAAGGGAUUGAAGAGAAAGAUGUCGACGAGGAGCAAUUUGUACAAGAACCCGUCCUUUGCUUACAAAAAAGCUUACAGCCUCUCUUCCGUUCUCCAAAAUCUUCAAACUUAUAAUGCCGUCACCGGAAAUGCUCCAACAACGAACGAAUCGACGGCCGCCGGUGAGAAUCGGAAGCCCCGCCCAAAUCGACGCCGUGAGAAGCGUCGUGAGAAGAGACCCCCGUCCACCAAGCCCCGGCAAAACGAAGUGGAUGAUGAUGAUGGUCCUAUGUCUCAUCAGGAUUACAUCCAUUUAAUAAGGCAAGGAGCUUGUUCAACAUCUCAGAGCUACCAGAAGUUAGCCCCCGAUGUUCUGAAGGAGCAAAGUUCCUCUACUUGCGGUGCACAGUUGGUGGAUUACGGGAGUGAUAGUGACGAUAGCCCUUCAACGUCGAAAGAAUUAUCAAGACAGCCAAUUUUAGAUCAAGCGGAGCAAGUUCAUCAUACAAAAAGUAGAAGUGAGCAGCGAUUUCCUUUACCCGGAGAACCUGUCUGUGUUAUCUGUGGUAGAUAUGGGGAGUACAUAUGUAAUGAGACUGAUGAUGAUAUUUGUAGCAUGGAUUGCAAAGCUGUGCUGUUAAAUAAAAAUUAUGACAGCCCUCCUGAGGGUGUUGGUAACAGUCGUACACAUUUGUCUGCAUAUGAACCCCAAGGGUCAUUAGUACGAGCUGGAGUAGAAGAAGAUUCUUGGGACUUUGAUCGUAAUCGAUGGUCUAGAAAGAGAUCUUGCUUGUCGUCGUAUGAAUGCUGGAAGUGCAAUAAACCUGGUCAUCUUGCUGAAGAUUGUUUAGUAACCAACCCUUGCCUUCAGCCUCUUAGUUUGACUCGAGCCUGUAGUCAGGACGCGAUUAAGCCAAAGAAAUCCACGUUCAUGUCUGCAAAACUUCGUGAAUUGUUUAAAAGAUGCCAUCAGAUAAACAAGACCAAGGUGAAUGCUAAGUGCAAUACAUGCUGCAAUUCUAUCUCCUUGGCGACUUGCCUCGAUUGCAGUACCAUAAUAUGUGACAGUGCAGGCCAUCUUUCUGGGCAUAUAUCAGCUCACCCCGCACAUCAUCAUAUAUACUCUCAUAAACUUGAGCGCUUGGUCAAAUGCUGUAAGUCAACAUGUGAAGUGACUGAUAUCAGGGAUCUUUUAACUUGCCACUACUGUUUUGACAAGGCAUUCAACAAGUUUUAUGAUAUGUAUACUGCGACAUGGAAAAGAGGUGGGCUUGCAAUGAUCUGGGGAUCCAUAUGUUGUGAGGAUCAUUUUGAAUGGCAUAGGAUGAAUUGCUUGAAUGCAGAUGCGGAAGAUGGUGCAUACAUUUUCCGGCGAGGUGCUGGGAGAGGAAAGAGUGGCCAACUCAGCGACUUCAUAUUCUAAUAGGGUCAAUCUCUACCAACCUCUUUAGUCUCGUGCAAUCACUUUGCCAGAUACAGCGGUCAGUGGACAAGCCGAUUUCACGUCAUAGUUGACUUCUUGGUUUCUCUGAUUUCAACCAUGAAUCACUGGAUAAAGAGUGACGACUUCCAUUGAUGAUCCUGGGGUAUCAAACAUAAAGAUAAGGUCACUGAGUUGCCUCUCAGUUUGUGCAGUACCAUUCCUUAUCUAUUGCAUACAUUGUAGGAUUGUAGCCGACAAACAGUUUACAGUGAAAAUAUUUUUCUACACUUGCUGGUGUUUUCUUGGUGUUUCCGGAGUUCAUCUCUGAACGAUGUCUCACCUUUUAACCGUGUUUCUGGUUUUACUGUUAAUGUUAUACUGCCUUUUCUUCUGCAGUAGUUAAGCAAUCAAUUGAAGCUCAAUGUACGAUACGACUAUAUGGUAAUGGAGUACUAAUGAAAGUGGUUAGUUAUUGUUGUGAGGCAAUUUUAAUUGUUUACGUAAUACAGAAUAUUAAUGAAAUGUAAUACUCCCUCCGUCUCUUUUUGUUUUUUA